CCAACUACUACAAACGCUUCCAAGUCUACAUCGGCCGACCAGAAACUGUCCAAGAAGCUUCCGACCGCUACGAUAAAGAACUCAAACACUCCCGCGAACACUACUACUUCUGUCGCGCGUCCUUCUGCAUCUAUCACUUUCGCUAUUAAUCCCCUCUUCAUCCCUUCCAUGACGGAACGUCCCUCUAACAAUUCGCUCCUCCCUCCAUCUAUCCGCAAAUACCUUGAAGAAUCAGAAGAACAAAUCCAAGCUAUCAAGACCGUCAACGAUAUCAAGGAAGUUGUCGGUGCUGACGCCGCCCUCCUCCUUGUUGGAGAACGUACCCCUGCCAUCUGUCGCCUAUACGCCACCCUUGUCCAGGAACACGAACGCAUCAUCAAAGAGAAGUUUCACCUUAUCGGACAUUACCAAGCCCUCGACGCAUCAGUCACCAAAUUCUUCGAAGCCACCCAGAAGGUCCUAGACGGACUCAACGCUCAAGACCAGAUCCUCGAACAAUCUCGCCAACGGGUCGAAGCAGAGCUCCUUCGUGACCUCGACGAACUCAAGAAUGCCAUUGGACAAGCCCAACUCAUUUCUGCUUUCGAUCGUCGACGAGUCCAUCUCGCUUCCCCCGUACCUUCUUCCUCUGGCAAUCACGGAUCAGUUUCCACCAUGGCUCCCGGACCGGUCGCCAGAAGCAACGUUCCUUCUGAGCCCGACGGCUUGGUUCGACCUUUGUCGAAGAAAGAACUACGCAAGAGGGAUGGUCAUAGGUGCAACGAAUGUGGCGAAACCGGACACUGGCAAUGCGACCAUUACUCCUACAGAUGCACCCUAUGCGGCAAGAACGCUCCCCGGACACAACUCUGGUUCCCGGUGGGUGUCCCGAAUUACCGACCAACGCCCCGCAACACUUCACCCGAUCAGUAUGACGCACUCUUGGACGACGGAGACUAUGACGACUACUUAUGGGGAGACGAAGGAGAACACAAUCUGAACACCUGAUGCGGAGCAUCAGGCAUACGAAGGGGGUACUGUUACGAACUCCCCUAUUUCUUCCCUUGUUUCCCUCUACGCACUCUACCUUUCCGAACCUUCCGGACUUCCGUUCUCUCCGUAGUUCCGUUACCUUCGCUUCUUCGAUUCUCCCGCAUCUCCGAACCUUUCGUACUUCCGUUUCUCUCGUAUUCCGUACUCAUCGAUACUCCUUACUUGUCGCUUUCACACCUUCUUUCGCUCUCUUCCAAACCUCUUGAUAGCUCGCCAACUCUACUAUAAAUACUGUCUCUCUGUAGUAGAUAUUCCUCAGCCUGUUAUCGAGAACCUUUCCCUCA